GGCGUGGCGCUUGGCUGGCGCUGGUACUCGCAGGGGAGGCGGAGGGAGAGGCGGAGGGAGCGCCUGGGGCCCCGGCCGCGGUGGCGGGCGAGGCCUGCCCUUUGUGACCACAGCCCGCGCCCCACGCCCCGCGCCCAUGGCCGCUGCGCCCGGCUCCCCGGCCACGCGCGCCUGCCCGCGGACCUGAGCCCCGCGCCUGGGAUGCCAGGGAUGCGCGUGCCCCGGCCCUGCGGCUGCUCCAGGCUGGGCGCGGGGCGAUGGACCUGAACAUGAAGAAGUUCGCGGUGCGCAGGUUCUUCUCCGUGUACCUGCGCAGGAAGUCGCGCUCCAAGAGCUCCAGCCUGAGCCGGCUCGAGGAAGAAGGAGUCGUGAAGGAGAUUGACAUCAGCCAUCAUGUGAAGGAGGGCUUCGAGAAGGCAGACCCUUCCCAGUUUGAGCUGCUGAAGGUUUUAGGACAAGGAUCCUAUGGAAAGGUGUUCCUGGUGAGGAAGGUGAAGGGGUCCGAUGCCGGGCAGCUCUAUGCCAUGAAGGUCCUUAAGAAAGCCACCCUAAAAGUUCGGGACCGAGUGAGAUCGAAGAUGGAGAGAGACAUCUUGGCAGAAGUGAAUCACCCCUUCAUUGUAAAGCUUCAUUACGCCUUUCAGACAGAAGGGAAGCUCUACCUGAUCCUGGACUUCCUGCGGGGAGGGGACCUCUUCACCCGGCUCUCCAAAGAGGUAAUGUUCACAGAGGAGGACGUCAAGUUCUACCUGGCUGAGCUGGCCCUGGCUUUAGACCAUCUCCACAGCCUGGGGAUCAUCUAUAGAGAUCUGAAGCCUGAGAACAUUCUCCUGGAUGAAGAGGGACAUAUUAAGAUCACAGAUUUUGGCCUGAGUAAGGAGGCCAUUGACCACGACAAGAGAGCGUACUCCUUCUGUGGGACGAUCGAGUACAUGGCGCCCGAGGUGGUGAAUCGGCGAGGACACACACAGAGUGCCGACUGGUGGUCCUUCGGCGUGCUCAUGUUCGAGAUGCUCACGGGGUCCCUGCCAUUCCAGGGAAAGGACAGGAAGGAGACCAUGGCCCUCAUCCUCAAAGCCAAGCUGGGGAUGCCGCAGUUCCUCAGUGGGGAGGCCCAGAGUUUGCUGCGAGCUCUCUUCAAACGGAACCCCUGCAACCGGCUGGGUGCUGGCAUUGACGGAGUGGAGGAAAUUAAGCGCCAUCCCUUCUUUGUGACCAUAGACUGGAAUAAGCUGUACCGGAAGGAGAUCAAGCCACCGUUCAAACCAGCAGUGGGCAGGCCUGAGGACACCUUCCACUUUGACCCCGAGUUCACAGCCCGGACGCCCACAGACUCUCCCGGUGUCCCCCCGAGUGCGAAUGCUCAUCACCUGUUUAGAGGAUUCAGCUUUGUGGCCUCAAGUCUGAUCCAAGAGCCCUCACAACAAGAUCUGCACAAAGUCCCAGUUCACCCAAUCGUGCAGCAGUUACACGGGAACAACAUCCACUUCACCGAUGGCUACGAGAUCAAGGAAGACAUCGGGGUUGGCUCCUACUCGGUGUGCAAGCGAUGUGUGCAUAAAGCCACUGACACUGAGUAUGCCGUGAAGAUCAUCGAUAAGAGCAAGAGAGACCCCUCAGAAGAGAUCGAGAUCCUGCUGCGGUACGGCCAGCACCCCAACAUCAUCACCCUCAAGGACGUCUAUGAUGAUGGCAAGUUCGUGUACCUGGUGAUGGAGCUGAUGCGCGGUGGGGAGCUCCUGGACCGCAUCCUUCGGCAGAGAUACUUCUCGGAACGCGAGGCCAGUGACGUGCUGUGCACCAUCACCAAGACCAUGGACUACCUCCACUCCCAGGGGGUUGUCCAUCGAGACCUGAAGCCGAGUAACAUCCUGUACAGGGAUGAGUCGGGGAGCCCGGAAUCCAUCCGAGUCUGCGACUUCGGCUUUGCCAAGCAGCUGCGCGCGGGGAACGGGUUGCUCAUGACGCCCUGCUACACGGCCAACUUCGUGGCCCCGGAGGUCCUGAAGCGUCAAGGCUACGAUGCAGCGUGUGACAUCUGGAGCUUGGGGAUCCUGCUGUACACCAUGCUGGCAGGAUUUACCCCUUUUGCCAAUGGGCCAGAUGACACCGCUGAGGAGAUUCUGGCGCGGAUCGGCAGCGGGAAGUACGCGCUUUCUGGGGGAAACUGGGACUCCAUAUCUGAUGCAGCCAAAGACGUCGUGUCCAAGAUGCUCCACGUGGACCCUCAUCAGCGCCUGACGGCCAUGCAAGUGCUCAAACACCCAUGGGUCGUCAACAGAGAGUACCUGUCCCAAAACCAGCUCAGCCGACAGGACGUGCACCUGGUGAAGGGAGCGAUGGCCGCCACCUACUUUGCUCUAAACAGAACACCUCAGGCCCCGCGGCUGGAGCCCGUGCUGUCGUCCAACCUGGCUCAGCGCAGAGGCAUGAAGAGACUCACAUCCACACGGUUGUAGCGGGUGGGACCCUGGCCCCAGCGUCCCCCGCCAGUGUCCUCAUGGGCUCGCAGACCCUGGCCUCGGAGCCCAUCUGGCACCCAGAGUGACCACAAGUCCAGCAGGGAGGCGGCGCCCGUCCUCGCCGUGUCCAUGUUUUCUUUUUCAGCCCUGGAGAGGGCCCUGACCUGGGGGCUUCUCCAAGCCUCGCUCACCAGCCUCACCGCCCGCUCUCCUUUCUCCCAAUCAAAACCAAAUGCGCCCCUUCACGUCGUACAGCUGGGCGAUGCCAGGGGCUCCUUUCAGAGCCCGCAGGCCUUCUCAUUUCACGGCUUCUGUUUCUGCCAAGAGAUCUGUUUUGCAAUUAUGAAGCCGGUCACACGGUCAGACCCCUGACGCCGGCGUCCUGGGUACCCGGUGGGAAGGUGGCAGUGCAAGGGCACACUGUGGGUGCUUGCAGGCCCCAGAGGAUAGGGGUGACCUGGCAUCCCGGGGCUCCCCACAUGCUGGAUGAUGGGGUUGGCACUGUGGCAUCCAGGAGGGACGCCUGGUUCUGCCCAAAAUAAUCCAAAGAGCUGUUUCCUCCUCGCCCUUCAGUCUUUGCCUGAGGUGCUGGGUAGCCCGUCCUUUCCUCUGUCCCAAAUUCAAAUGAGAAAGAGCCCAGGCGGGAGACAGGCAGGCUGGAUCUUUGCCUUGAGAGCUCUGUGUCGCCAGGAUGGAAGGUGGUGCCUCCCAGAGGAGCCUGUGUCCACCUCGAGUCCCAGCCUUUCCCAGGUGGGGGGCCGAGCUCACUGGGCUGCCCUCUGUCCACAGCUCCACUGUCACACGGCUACCUGGAGGCUUUGCAGGGAGCUGCGGGUUCUCACACCUGCUCAGCCCUGGUGAGCUUCCUGUGUGCUCACCCAAAGCUGUGGUUUUGCCGUGUUCACUUUGAUUUUUCUGGCCUAUGGAAAAGCUAUGAAUGGGAGGAAUGGAGCUCUGUGGCUUCUCACCAAUCCUCAGUUCAGCUGGAGGCUGGAGGGAGACUGAGGGGCAGCGGCGCAGGUGGGAGGGCGGCAGAGAUGAGGUGGGCAGGAGCGAUGCACUUUGUAGAUGCUGCUUUGUGUUGUGUUGUGUGUCUCUGUUGCACAGAUCUGUUUUCACACGGAUCCGUGUUCCCCUGAGUGUGCACACACGGUGGGUGCAGGGCACUGAGGGCAUGCCGUGCUCUCCUUCAUUGUGUAAAAUGGAGUGAGAAGUUUCCGGGCAGCAGGCCUAGCACCCAGUCCCGCCAGCAGAGGGAACGCAUGGGUCCUUCAAUCUCCUGUGAGGGUGUUGAAGAUGCUCCCUGGCGGCCCCCGCACCAAGGGACCCAGCAAGCGGACUGGAGGGGAGGCAGCCGCUCCCCCUUCACCUGCAUCACGGAAGAGCAGCCCCUCUGCAGGAACUGGGGCUUCAGGAGGCGCCCGCUGGCUGCAGCCAGGUUUUCCCUAAGAAGAUGUUGUUUUGUUGGGCUUUGUUCCCCCUCCAUCUCGAUUCAAGCACCCAACU